AGCAGACAAACUACUUGAGCAGUACUUCAGCUGCUGUACUUGACCUGCUCAUGCCCAUCUAGCUGGCUUCUCAUGCCUUCUGCUCGUUAUCUAUUGCUUGUUGUUUCUCUCUUCUACUAUUCAGUCGCGCACCCGCUCCAGCGUACCUUCACUGCCACCUCAAAAUGCUCGCUGCGCUCCAACUUGACAGAUGCCUUCUUCACAGGCAACAGCAGCGCCGCACAGUUUGGCCUGCGUGAGGCAUCCACCUGGAUGUCACUUCUUGCAAAGCUCUCUGCAGAAGAAAGCUCAUCGGGUCAGCCACAUCGCCUCGUCUUGCUUGGGCGUCAUGGCCAAGGCUACCAUAAUGUUGCAGAGGCAAAGUAUGGUACAAAGGCAUGGGAUGACUAUUGGUCAAAGCAGAAUGGGUCUGGCGACGGACUCGUAUGGGGUCCAGAUGCCAAAUUGACAGAACAUGGGAAGAAGCAAGCGGCAAGACUGCAUUGUCGGCUCACUCACGAGGGCCCUGGAAUUGGUGCUUGGUAUGCAAGUCCCCUCAGUCGAGCCCUGGAAACAAGCUCCAUCUUGUCCGACAAGCAUAAUACGACCAUUCUCGAGGAUCUGAGAGAGGUAUCAGGCGUUCAUACCUGCGAUAUGCGAUCGACCAAGUCGCAGAUCAGCUCAAGGUUUCCUUGGGCCUUGGCAACAGGGUUGACUGAAGCAGAUGAAACUUGGCAGUCAGACAUACGGGAAUCUGACAAACACGUACAAGCGAGAGCUGAUGGCGUGGCACGGAUGCUGCUCAGUCAUUCAGCCCAAGUCAUCAGUGCCACGACACAUUCUGGAUUCAUUCGGAACUUUUUGAAGGCUGUCAAUCACAGAGAAACGCCCAUCGACACUGCAGGUCUGAUCCCUUUGGUAUUAACGUAUGACUGUUUAUAAAGGCGUAGCAAUUUUGCUACUUGUGUUCUUUCUUGAGAGCCAAGAGCUUCUCCACUGCAUCGUGCAGGGCAAGCUUGCUGGAUUCGUGCAUCUCCUUCUCAUGCUCCAACUCGCGGUCC